AUGUCCAUUCUUGAACUGAAUAAGAUGGUGAAAAAAUUGGGACGUCGUAGAGCUGCUAUACUGUAUUACUAUGUUGAACCAAACAAAGAUCUAUCUAUUGGUUUAAGAGAGUUAUGCACUGAUGAGGAUGUUAACAAAUUUUUAGAAUGGGCUUACAAGUUUAAGGUGAUGGAGGUAUUUUGUAACCACCUAACACCUGAAGAAAUUGAAAAAUUUAGGUCUCCUUUGAUUGUUAAACAAGUAGAAAAAAAACGUUGUGGUGUUGUGAUUGAGGAGUUGGAUAAGCAGGGAAGAAUAAUAGGGGGAAACCAUGUUCUGAAAAAGGUUUUAGAAUGGCAUGAGCAAGCUAGUGAACUAGAUCCAGAACGAGGUAUUGCCUCUGCUUCAACAGACCAGCAAGAAGGCACAUUCGAAACUUCUACUAUCCAGCAACCUGUUGGCCAUCAUAGCAGUGAACAACCUAUUGUAGAGGAAGGAGUCAUAGAAGAUGUUGAAGAUUCAAAAUCAGAGCAUGACUCUGACAGAUUUAGCACUGAUGACUACUGUGGCGAUGAGGCACUACUGGAUGGUUUGAUACCAGAGACAACAGGGGAUGGAACUUCAGAGCAGCAGUUUGAUGAGCCACUGACACAUUCACCGAGAAAGAAAAAUGUACAAGCACAGCAGCAACAAGCUGGAAAUGAAACAGAAGCUUCUGAUACAUUGGUUGAAGAUGUAAUCCCAGACCACCUUAGCAGUGAUGGUAGCUCAUCAGAAGAAGAAGAAGAUGGUGACCAAUUCCAAAGAAGAGCCCAGUUUAAGGUAGCUGUUCAAGAAUAUGGUAUCAAGAUGGGGAGGCCAGUAUACACCAAGAGGAAUGAGAGUAAAAGGGUGAGAGCCAAGUGCAAGGCCCCAUGCCAAUGGUUUGUGUUUGCCUCAAUUGAAAAAGCACUUGGGAGUACUGAUUUGGUAGUUAAACACACGAAUGACAAGCAUGAAAAUUGCAAUCACGCCUGGAAAAAUAAAAACCUGAAGGCUAAGUGGGUGUCUGACAGGUACAUGGAGAGGAUUAAGUCGAACUCUCGAAUCCCAGUUAGGGAGAUCCGGCAAACUGUGAAUGAGGAGUACCAAGCUCAAAUUUCCAGAUGGAUAGCAGCCAAAGCAAGGAAACUAGCACUUGAAAUGAUAAAGGGAUCAGCUAAACAACAGUAUAAGAGAAUUUGGGAAUAUUGUGCUGAGAUAAAAAAGGCAUAUGAGGGCAGCACAAUGGAAUUGAUGUUUACUCCAUUUAGAGGACCUGGGGGCAACCCAAACUUUAUGAGACUCUACUGCUGUUUAAGGCCAUUGAAGAAAGGAUUUAAGGAUGAUUUGAGGCUAUUGAUAGCAUUGGAUGGGUGCCAUUUGAAGGGGACUUAUAGAGGGCAGUUAUUGACUACCAUUGUAGCUAACCCUAAUAAUGGGUGGUGGUCCAUUGCCUGGGCAGUUGUAGAGAGAGAAGCUACGGAGCAGUGGGCGUGGUUCUUGAAAUACCUCAGUGAUGAUUUGAAAAUUGAAAAUCAAUUUCAUUAUACCUUUAUGUCUGACCAACAAAAGGGGUUGGAUAGAGCAUUAGUUGAAGUUCUUCCAAAUUGUGAGCAUUGGUAUUGUGUCCAACACAUGUAUCAAAACUUCAAGAAGAAACAUCCAGGUUUGCCUCUUAAGGAUAGGCUGUGGAACAUCGCCAACAGCACAACAGAGGAACUCUACAAUAAAGCAAUGGCAGAACUCAAAGAUUUUGAUAACGAGGCAUAUUAG